CUUUUGCUCCAGCCUCAAUGCCUUAUAAAGUCCAAUAGUGCCUCGCUCUUUCUCGUUAUAUAUAUAUAUAUAUAUAUAUACUACUUUGAGCAGUAACAAAAAUUCGAUGUCCACCUCAUCAUCGCCUUCAUCAUCUUCCUCUUCUUCUGAACGCUCUUCUUCACCGCCAAAGACGCCUCCUAAUCUGCAUCAGAAUAGUAUAGAUCCAGAAUCAAAAUGGCUUGUACAGAAGUUUGGAGGCACCAGUGUUGGAAAGUUUCCAGUCCAGAUCGCCUCAGAGGUCGUGGCAAAAUACAUUGACUCUAACAAGGUCGCUGUGGUAUGUUCAGCACGCUCUGGAACCUCGAAAGCUCUUGGCACAACGAAUUUGUUACUUCGGGCAGCUUCUGAAGCUUUGGUACGGCGUCCAAAACCGCCAACGUCGGUCCUCAAUUCCCCGGAUGGCACUAUGAGCCCCUACCCCUUGGGUUUGUUUGGUCAAAUCAAAGACAUGCCCCACUCCCCACCAGAAACUCCACGACGAAGCAGGUCUUCCUCAGCGGAAGAUGCUAAUGCUUUAUCAUUGACGCCGCUUACUGUCCCGCAACGUGGACAGAUAAUGCCGACAUUCAAUACCACUGUCGAUUUAAUACGUCAGGAGCAUUUCAAAGCUGCGGCAGACUUUAUUUCGGAUCCUGAUAUCAGGCAAGAACUUGAGGAGGAGGUGGAUAAAGACUGUGAUUGGUUGCGCAGUUUCUUGUUCGCUUCUCAAGUAAUCAACGAGGUAUCUCCACGAUCCAAGGACAGUAUCAUCGGUCUAGGCGAAAGGCUGGCAUGCAAGUUUAUGACGGCUGUAUUACGGGAUCAGGGUAUUGAUGCAGAAUACGUGUCACUUGAAGAUGUAGUGCCUGAAGAGGAUGAUGCAGUUUUCGAAAAUGACACCCUCGACCAGAGCUUCUAUGACAAAGUCGCUCAAGCCGUUGGAGAACGCGUCAAGCAAUGCGGUAGAAGAGUACCUGUCGUCACUGGUUUCUUUGGGCCCAUACCUGGCUCCCUAUUGACUCAAGUAGGACGCGGUUACACGGAUCUUUUGUCAGCACUCCUUUCUGUAGGCCUUGAAGCCAGUGAACUGCAGAUCUGGAAAGAAGUCGACGGCAUAUUCACCGCCGAUCCACGUAAAGUCCCCACCGCUAGACUUUUACCCAUUAUUUCACCCGAUGAAGCCGCUGAACUGACAUACUACGGGAGUGAGGUGGUGCAUCCAUUCACAAUGGAGCAGGCCAUUCGCUGUAAAAUCCCCAUCCGCAUUAAAAACGUGGAAAAUCCCACCGGCAGCGGCACUCUCAUAUUCCCAGAUUCCGAACACGACUCGGACCUCUUAGAAGUGUCGCAGGAGCUAGACGCAAAUAAAAGCGGAAUUCCGGAACCAAUAUCACACUCACAGCUACACGAAAUGGCACAGCAAGCUGCCCACCGCCAUGCUCACAAUGGUGCGCUUUAUCACCAUAAAAAGUUUCCUACAGCAGUAACAAUCAAGGAGCGCAUUGUUGUGAUCAACGUCAACUCGAAUCGAAAAAGCGUCUCGCACGGGUUUCUGGCGGGUAUUUUUGGGACACUGGAUCGAUUCGGGGUUGUGGUGGAUUUGAUCAGUACCAGUGAAGUACAUGUGAGUAUGGCAAUUGAGGAUGCUUUGGCGCAAAAGCUGCUGGAUCGCCUGAUCAUGGAGUUGAAAAAAAGCGGAUCGGUUUCCGUACAUCGGCACAUGGCCAUCCUUUCCCUCGUUGGGCGGGAGAUGCGCCACCUUGUCGGAAUUGCUGGCCGGAUGUUCACCACGCUCGGAAACGGAAAUGUUAACAUCGAGAUGAUCAGCCAGGGUGCAAGUGAAAUCAAUAUCUCAUGUGUUAUAGAGGGGAAAGACGCUGUGAAGGCGUUGAAUCUUAUACAUCAGAGCUGUUUGCAGUUACCUACGCCCGGGAAGAUGGGGCCCUGGCUCUUCUAGAAGACUAAGGUGCUAGAAUUAAAAUGAAACCCUUGUAUUAGGUACAGUAUUGUCGCGUGGAACUAUCUUGAAUAUGUACGAUCAAGUUGAGUCCUGCUCGUCUAAUGAUGAAUAUUGCUCCAUGAACCGCGUAAUAUAUGCCCCAUGGCUGAGUUGGUUACAGCGUCCGACUGUUAUUUAGACUGUAUCGGAAGGUCGAGAGUUCGAGCCUCUCUG